CCGGUUCACUGUCCGGUUUGGGUUUCAAAACAUUGCUAUAAAUAAAAAAAUAAUGCUUCGCAUCUUGUUAAUAAUUCUCAAACCCUAAAAACUCAAUUUCGUCUCGCGACUUGAAGGAUGGUUCACAAUUGUUUCCCAAGGGGAUUGUCUUCGUUCUACGUCAGAGUCUAUCAGGUUGUUGAUGAUCCUUCAACGGAUUCAAUCAUCUCGUGGAGUAGCAACAACAGUUUCAUUAUCUGGAACGUGGGAGAGUUUCGCAGAAAGAUUAUGCCGACGUGUGUUGAAUUUGGUUUUAACUUCUCAAGUUUUGUCGCCAAGCUUCGUUCUCAUGGCUUUAAACGAGUUAAAGGGCCUGGACAGAUGGAAUUUGGAGACGAGUAUUUUGUCGUAGAUCAACCGCAGCUUUUGAGGUUGAUGAUGGUCGAAGCUUUGAGGACUAAACGUAAUGCAAAGAAAGCUAAAGCCAAAGCUAGGAAAGAUCGAGUGCAAGUAGAGUUUCUCUUGAAACACUUGCAAAUUUAAUCAUAAUAAAAUCGUAACUUCUUGUAUAAGAUUAGUAGUAAUGAAUAAUGUAUGUUUUGUAUAAACCGCUUUUUG